GCAGCAGCAGCAGCAGAAGCAAGCGCCGCCGCCGCUGCCAUGGGAGCUGUAACCGACGAUGAAGUUAUUCGUAAGAGACUUUUGAUUGAUGGAGAUGGUGCAGGGGAUGACAGACGAAUUAAUUUGCUGGUGAAGAGUUUCAUCAAGUGGUGCCAUUCUGGAUCUCAGGAAGAAGGCUAUACUCAGUAUCAGCGCAUGCUCAGCACUCUUUCACAAUGUGAAUUUUCAAUGGGAAAAACUUUACUAGUAUACGACAUGAAUCUCAGAGAAAUGGAGAACUAUGAAAAAAUCUACAAAGAUAUAGAAAACAGCAUAGCUGCAGCUCAUGAAAAAAUUGCCGAGUGCAAAAAGCAAAUUCUUCAAGCGAAAAGGAUACGAAAAAACCGCCAAGGCAAUUGGAAGCUCUGGGGAAAGAACUGCAGCAUCUGUCUCAUAUCAAAGAAAGUGUUGAGGACAAACUGGAGUUGAGACGGAAGCAAUUUCACGUUCUUCUGAGCACCAUCCAUGAGCUUCAGCAAACACUGGAAAAUGAUGAGAAACUUUCUGAAGCUGAAGAAUCAUCAGAUGCUCCAAUGGAAGCAGAGGAUAAACAAUAGAUGUGUAUAGCUCAGCAAUCUGGUAGUAUGUUUUCCUGAAGAUGAUUAAUAACUAGGGUUUGAAUUCAUUUUGUAUAUUAUUUCUUUGUCCAAAGUAACUAUAAUAUGUUUCUAUCUGAAUGAAUCCAUGCUUAUUUACAAUAAAUUCUUGAAAUUACACAAUAAAAUAA